GCUUCUUUCUUUUUUUGUUCACUCCCUUGAUUCCAUUUGGAAUUCGAACUCAGGUCUGCAUUUCAUCAGUUUGCGGGUGCAACGCUUGAGCUAGGCCAUCACUUCGCAGAUAAUCGUUUCGUUAGUUAUUAGGCCAUCAGUUGGGAGAUAACAGUUUAAUUAGUUAGGCCAUCACAUCGCAGAAAUGGCAAUCCAAUUGUCCUACCGGAUGCUUCGGAGGCACACGCCUCCGGCUCAGCCGGGGGGAAAUGAGUUGUUAGUACAUGCUGCUCGUCAGGAACAUGGUGGAGGAGCCAACUCGGAUGGCGAAGGGCGCGAGGGGAAUAGGGGUCGCGGCGACUUCGAGGACGCUGUCGAGUGGGUGAGGAACCUUCCUCCUCCUCGCAAAAGCGACAAGUGGCGAAUUAAAAGGAUGGUUAUUCUGGAGAUGGGAGAGACGGCGGUGGGUUGGCUGAUCCUCACGGUGUGUGGUAUGUUGGUGGGCUCAUUUGGGGGCGACCUGUCAAGAUGGGUCUUCUGGAUUGCCGUGGUUCUCUUCUUGAUAGAGGCGGUACAGAAGUUGGCGCGCAACUUCUUGCAUCACUACUACACAAAGGACGUCCCUUGCUCGCUACUCGCGCUGCACCUGGUCGAGAAACCGUACCACAAAUGCUACUUGGUAACGGUCUGGUAUCUGCGAGUGGUGGGGUUUCUGGCCCAGGGAGCCCUGGCCAUCUGGCUAACAUGGAUAAAUAAAAAAAAGCACAAAAAGAGACGGGAAGAGAUGGUUCAUCUUUGUUACGCCAUCGUUUACCUGAAGACUAUCUUCUCCAUCGUCAUCACCUGUAUACAGCCAUUUUGUAUGAUACCUUUCUGGUUGGCGAGCUUCCGUCGCAGAGUGGGGCAUUUAAUAGGGCUACUGUCAUCAGCUCUGCCGAGGUCCUCAGCGAAUAACUCAUUAGCCAUUCUGCCAGCGGCAGGAGAAAGAGAAGGGGACCAGAAUCGCCAACGACAGCCUGAGGAUGGCAGGGGAGACGAUAAUGGCGGGACAGACGAUGAUGGCAGGGGUGGAAACGCUGGCGACGCAGAGCAGGAAAAUGAGUUGGGAGAGGAGGCAGAAGCGAGAGCAGUAGCAGCAGCAAAAGCGAGAGCAGUAGCAGAAGCAGAAGCAAGAGGAAAGGCGCCUGCUUUAUGUGAUGAGGGGAGGAGAGGAGUGGGGACGUCAGGAGGCCCUUCGGGGGAGGGUUGUUCGAGUAGCAGCGGCAUCGGUGGGCGUCGCGAUUCCGAAGUGCCUCCUCGACCGCGGCUCCGCAGAGUAAGGCGCGGCACCCCGACAAGGCCUCGGCUGCCUCUUGGCCACCCGAAGAGGCGGUGCGGCGCAGAAGGUCGCGCAAGCGGGGGAGAGAACGAGAUCUGCCAGUGUGCCGGGGAUCCACAAGCAGACCCGGCAGCGCCCGGAGCUGCUCCCCCGCAAAUCCAGCCAGGUGGGAUUGCUCAACAACCGCAGCAAGGCGGCGGAGGGGCAAGAGAGGGGGAACCCGCGGCUGACAACCUCCGCGACCACAACGAAGCUAGAAUGAGGGCGAUGAUAGAGGCAGAAAAGCAGGGGGUUCAAGAACUUCAAGAAGAAAUGGCCGUUCUCGUCUGGUACGUCCACUGCAAGCAACACCCGUUAUUACCUGCUGUGGGAGCUGCCCUCCAAGACGGCUGCUCCAACUGCGGACUGCCCGGCAAUUGGUUCCUUGACGUCGAGCAGCUUCUUGCGCUGGCUUUCUCGCCCAGUCGGAAGGACGCUAUCAAUGCGCAGCACCCUGUCUGGCAUUCCAUACCGUGCAACCUGACCGAGUGGAUGGCGUUGGACGCACUGGGACGGUUAGUCAAGUCCGGCGACGUGAAGGCUUGCGAAUUGAUCGUUGAAGAGAAGAGUGGACGUUUCCAGAAGAUCGUGGAUAUCGUCGGGGAUCACACCUCCAUGGAGUGUCGAGAGCAAGCGGCCGCCAUCAUCUGGCAUCUGGCCAAUCUCAAGGCAAAGGGUCUUCCCCGCAAUGGUGACGGAGGCCGUCCGUAUGAUCCACUCUGCCGCGUCUCGAACGCUCGGAUGGCAAAGGCCGCGGUCGCCCUCCUGAGCGCCGUGGUUGGCGGCGAGCCGUCGGCCAAGUUGCAGGAAAACGCCAUGGCUGCACUUCUUCACCUCACUCAUCGCCACGGCGUCAAGGAGUUCGUCUUCUCCGGGGAAGAAGGCAAAGCCCGCGUAGAGCAACUGGUAGACACGGCCGCCAAAGCAUCGACCAACACCAUCUGCUUGUACGCGCUUUACCUCCUGGGCGUCAUCGUCUACCCGCCCGAAGAAUACGCCAACUACACGGCUCUUGAAUCGCUGACGAGCUUCGACGAUCUAAAUGAAUGGAGCAAGAGCCGGAGAUCACGGCUCGCACCUCGCCGGUACCCACCCCCCGCCCCGCCGCCGCCGCCGCCGCCGCCGCCGCCGCCGGUGAUGGUUGACGAGGGCGGCCGCCCACCCGCGGAGAGGAAAAAAACGGGCAGUGUCGAGCGCUUAUGGAUUGUGCCGGCGCGCGCCUGCUUUCGGGAGUCGAAAGCGCUUCCGCGCUUGAUUUCCCUGGCUCUCUCGCACGGCAGCUCUCGCGAUUCCAAGGAGUUGAUCGCCUUCGUCCUCGAAUCCUAUCACGUGCUGGGAGCUGGCAAUCUCUUUCCCUUCGAGAUCACGGAGCUGACCCGCCUCCUGCAAGUACGCUACUUCACCUCACCUCCGGAGCUUGUUUUCACGGCCAUGUUGACCUGCGAUCUGCUCUUAUCCUACUUGUAUCAAGCAAAAGAUGAAAGGCAAGGAGCGUGCGCUGGCCAAUUGAUCAAUUAUCUUGUCAGGAGGUGCGGCAGGACGUUCUACAAAGAUCUUGUCCGUCUUCAGCUCGACUCCUGGGGUUCACCUGAGUUCAAGUUGGCUAAGGAAGGGCGAAGCACCAGGUGGAAGCAGUUCAUGCUUCCCUUUUUGAAUGGUAAUAGCCCUUCUCCCAGUGAGGAGCUGCUGGAGCAGUUCAGAAAGGAGCUGCUGGAGAAGGUGUUCAGCGCUCCGGCGAGGUUGAUGGCUUACCUCCUUGCUCAUCACUACAACCUUCUCAGAACGGAGGUUCGAGACGUGUGCGAAGACGACUGGCGAACCCGGAAAUCCGAAAACGUUAUAGACAACAUUCAGAACAUCAAAAACAAGAUGUCUUUGGCGGGGACCACUGUCGCCGCGUUUGGAUUGGCGGAUCUUCUGGGCGCCAAUAAGGAUCUGCGGACCAAACUCCACGCCUGUACCGCGCUGUAUCGCCUGGCCGAAAGAGACGAGGUGGAUCGGUCUCACUUCGUCCGCCCCGCAUACCAGUGGCACGUACUGAAAAAUCGUGUGGACAAAGCCGGCCUCGCAACGUGGCAGCCGUUCCAAGAACUCGUAGAGUUGAUGGGGGAUAACCUCGAUUAACCGGCUUAGCUCAGUUGGUAAGGCUGGGAAGUGGCGUUCAGGAGGUCUCGGGUUUAAUCCCCAUUGGCAUCAUGUUCCGUCCUUUCUAAGCUUGGCGCCUGCCACCUAG